AUGGAGGCGACGGCCGAACACGACUUCAAUGCUAAUGCCGAUGAUGAAUUGAGCUUCCGACGCGGUCAAAUCCUCAAGGUGUUGAACAAGACGAAGAUCCGCCAUGGUUCCAGAAGCAACGCCGGGCUCCCCCAUGAUGUAUUUGGGAAAGAUUCACGAUUGGAUGCUGAGAUAUUGCUGAAAAAGCAAGGUACCCGUGAUGGCAAUUUUCUGGUCCGACAAUGCGAAAGUUCUCCCGGUGACUUCAGUAUUUCCGUCAAGUUUGAAGAUACAAUUCAGCAUUUCAAAGUUUUGCGUGACAACAAUGGAAAGUACUUCUUAUGGUCUGUCAAGUUCAAGUCUCUAAACGAGCUGGUGAGAUACCAUAGGACGGCAUCGGUGUCACGCACACACACGAUAUUGCUACAAGAUUUGGACUUGGAGACGAAGUUCGUUCAAGCGUUAUUCGAUUUCAAUCCUCAAGAGGAAGGCGAACUGCCAUUCAAACGCGGCGAGAUCAUCACUCUGAUCAACAAGGAUGACAUGAACUGGUGGGAAGGAUCGCUGAACAAUAAACGCGGUGUGUUCCCGGCGAACUACGUGUGCCCGUUCAACCGUUCGGCGUCAAACACGUGA